AUGACUUUCCAUCUUUCCUGGGCCUGUGUAAUAAUUUGUUGUAUUUUUGCUUCUUUAGCAAAAACAUUCAAUAUCUCAGAUAUGUAUCCCCCUCUGUGGAAAAAGAGUCCUGGUCAGUUCAGUGACUACAAGAUAGAAAAUGGGAAGUACAUCAUUAACUUCUGGCAUUACCCUGAGAGACUGGGGAUGUAUAAAAUCCUACUGAACAAGACAGCCAAGUAUUUUGCAAAAUUUUCACCAGAAAAUGAACAAAAUAUUUUAUGGGGACUGCCUAUACAUCAUGGAUGGCAAUAUCAUACAGGCAGAUUAGCUGAUCCCACCCAAAGUACAGAUUGUGGCCUUAAGUCUGGGGAUCAUCUCUGUAUCUCUGUGGACAGUUGGUGGGCUGACCUUAAUUAUUAUCUCUCUGCAAUGCCCUUCCUUGCUGCAAUCGAUUCUGGCAUAAUGGGGAUAUCAUCAGAUAAUGUCACCUUUCUGCCACCAUCCAAGGAUCAGAUGAAUUUUUGUUACAGUGUUUCUAACUGCCAAUCAUCAUUUCCAGAAGCAAUGAAAAAGUGGAAUGAAUUUUACCAGCACAUAAAGUCACAUUCUAGUAGCUUUGAUGACCUGUUGGAGUACUUAUGGGCUGCACAUGUCUCAUCUUUGGAGGUUGCUCAUAAAAAUUUUCAAAAUAGAUUAAAAUAUUAUUCUAAACAAGAAGCUGAUUUUGCAAGAAGCUGGGCUUUAUUUGUGGAUUAUUUAGCUCCACCAUGCUUUCCUACAACCUUAAUUAGAACAUAUGAAUUCCAGAAGGAGCUUCCAAGACGAAUGCUUGUUAGUGGAGAUAAAGUUCCCUUCAUCAGUGACUUUAGUGGCUUUCAGAACAUAAUGCUGUUUGCUCUAAAUCUUCUCCACAAAGUGCAUACGUAUACAGAUUCAGUUGAAUAA